AUGUCUGCCAAGACCAUCAUUGUCACCGGCGCCUCUCGCGGCAUCGGUCUUGCAAUUGCCAAGUACCUUCUCUCUGCCCCUCAGGCUCACAAUGUGGUGGUCGUGGCCCGCAGUGUUGAGCCUCUUCAGAAGUUGAAGGAUCAGUAUAGCAAGCAAGUGGAAGUCGUCAAUGGCGACCUUGCUGAUUUCUCACUCGCUCAAAAGGCCGUCGAUGCUGCAAUCACCACCUUCGGCCAGCUGGACGGCAUGGUCUUGAACCACGGCAUUCUUGGCCAGGUCGGCAAGAUUGCUUCAGCCGAUGUCGAACAGUGGAAGAAGGACUUUGAUGUCAACUUCUUCAGCCUGGUUGCUUUCACCAAAGCUGCGCUCCCGGCUCUUCGCAAGUCCAAAGGAAAGAUCAUCUUCACCUCUUCGGGUGCCGCUGUGUCCGGCUAUCGUGGCUGGGGUCUCUACGGAGCCUCGAAGGCUGCCAUGAACCACUUUGCCCUGAGCCUUGGAAGCGAAGAACCCGAUGUGGUCUCCGUGGCCAUUCGUCCCGGCAUGGUUGACACCGAGAUGCAGCGUGAGCUUAGGGAAGAUCACGUCUCAAACCUGGAUGCCGAGAUGCACUCCAAGUUCUUCGGCGCCCACAAGAACGGCAAGCUUGUCAAGCCAGAGCAACCGGGUCAUGUCAUGGCCAAGCUUGUGCUUGAUGCCUCUCCUGAGCUGAGUGGUCAAUUCCUCUCGUGGAACGAUCAAGAACUCGAGAAAUUUCAGAAAUAG